AUGCUUAGUUUACAUUCGCAGCAGGAGAUGAUGCUUCGUGUGUCUUCCGAGACAAUCCCGGAAUCAACUAUUGCACCGACUGUUGAAACUCGCCGGUUCACCUGGACAGGCAGCAGCGAUGGGAGUGACGAUGAAAACGAUCUAGAAAGCUCAGAGUCGUCGGAGUUUCCAUCCCCGCCUACUCGAACCGAGAGCUCCCCACGCCAAUUUGUUUGGAUGGGAAGUGACGACGGCAAUGAGGAAGAAAAUGAAGUCUUCAGAGCUGAAGAGACUUCCUCCUUGAAUUCAAUAACACCGCCACUCGCAACUCGCAAGCGAAGCCAGUUCGGACCAAAUGGGAGAGAGCCUUGAAGAGGAUAUGGCGUUGGAGCGGACGAGAGCCAUGUUCCGGGCUCAAGAAGAGGAAGAUGCCCGCCGACACACCUUGGGGCCUUGGACACUCGAAGAGGCUGAGGACGGGGUCAUUGUUUCCUUAUUUAUGGAUUCGGAGGAUGAGGACUCGGAGGAUGAAGCCAACUGGGUUCAUGGUGACUGGUUCGGUACUGAAAGCUGGCUUGGCAGAGGUCGAGGGAGAGGACGCCAUGCAGACUAUUAG